CCGGAGGGGUCGGGGCGGGAGCGGGCAGAGCCCAGGCGCCGUCCGGAGCUCCGAUCGAAGCCUCCGCGGGGCCCCCGGUCCGGCCCGGCCCACCCCACCCUCGGGACGAUGAGUCCGGCCGCCGCCCGGCCCUCCGCCCACCUCCGCCAAGCCCUCCUCGUCCUGGUAACUUGGAUUCUUACUCCAAUUACAAGUGAAAUAACAAGUCUCGAUAGUGCAAAUAUAGAUGACACUUUAAACAAUGCAGAUGUUGCCCUAGUUAAUUUUUAUGCUGACUGGUGUCGUUUCAGCCAGAUGUUGCAUCCAAUCUUUGAAGAAGCCUCCAAUGUCAUUAAGGAAGAGUUCCCUAAUAAAAAUCAAGUUGUCUUUGCCAGAGUCGAUUGUGAUCAGCACUCGGACAUUGCGCAGAGGUACAGGAUAAGCAAAUACCCAACUUUAAAACUGUUUCGUAAUGGGAUGAUGAUGAAGAGAGAGUAUAGGGGUCAGAGAUCAGUGACAGCGAUAGCAGAUUACAUCAGACAACAGAAAAGUGACCCCGUUCGAGAAGUUCACGACUUGGAGGAAAUUGCCUCACUUGAUCGCAGUAAAAGAAAUAUCAUUGGAUAUUUUGAACAAAAAGAUUCAGACAACUACAGAACCUUUGAAAGAGUAGCAAAUAUUUUGCAUGAUGAUUGUGUCUUCCUUUCUGCGUAUGGGUCUGUUUCAAAACCGGAAAGAUUUAGUGGAGACAAUAUAAUCUACAAACCACCAGGGGAAAAUGCUCCAGAUAUGGUAUACCUAGGAUCCAUGACUAAUUUUGACCUGGCUUAUGCUUGGACUCAAGAUAAAUGCGUCCCCCUUGUUCGGGAAAUCACCUUUGAAAAUGGAGAGGAACUCACAGAAGAAGGCCUCCCUUUUCUCAUACUUUUCCACAUGAAAGAUGAUGCCGAUAGUCUAGAACAGUUCCAACAGGAAGUAGCUCGCCAGUUAAUCAGCGAGAAAGGUACAAUCAACUUUCUACAUGCUGACUGUGAUAAAUUUAGGCAUCCGCUUCUGCACAUACAGAAAACUCCAGCCGACUGCCCGGUUAUAGCUAUCGACAGCUUCAGGCACAUGUAUGUCUUUCCUGACUUCCGGGACUUGGUGGUUCCAGGUAAACUCAAACAGUUCGUGUUGGACUUACACUCAGGGAAACUGCAUCGAGAAUUUCACCAUGGCCCCGACCCCACCGAUGUCUCCCCUGGACAGCACGUUCAAGACGUAGCCAGCAGCCCACCGGAAAGCUCCUUCCAGAAACUGGCCCCCAGUGAAUAUAGGUACACCUUGCUGAGAGAUCGAGAUGAGCUUUAAAAACAUGAAAACAUUUUGCAGGCAUUUCAGACAACAGCAUCAACUUCUAUGUGGUGGAAAUAGUAAACCUAUAUUUUCAUAAUUCUAUGUGUAUUUUUAUUUUGAAUAAACUAAAAAAGUUUGGGGUUUUUUUUUUUUUAAUUUUUUAAAAAAAUUUUGUUUUUCCUCCCCCACCCCCACCCCCCGGCUCAAUCCCUCACCGUGCGGUGGGUCGUCCAGCCCCUUUUUGGAAGCCGAGGGAGGGCCAAGCUGGCAGAGCCCAGCUUGCGUCUGUGGCUCGGCCGCUGCCCUGUAAAAACUUUUUUAAACCCAAAGCCAAGUGUCCCGGGCGGGGCCACGUGCGAUGGAUCGGCCCUGCCCCCGGGGAUGAUGUCUGUGUAGUCUGGUCAUUUUCCGCCGUUCCUCCCAUACGAGCCGUCUGCUGGUACUUUGUGUCAUUGUCCCACCCGACCCCUCGGGUGAACAUCCUGGCUCCUUAGGAGGGAAUAAAGGAGAAAGUUUGACAGAUCGCUGUGUGGUGUUUUCCUGACUCACGGGCUGUUACUCAGUGUCGGUGACGAUUCUUUUGGGUCUCUGCCGGGUAACUCAAGCAUAUCAAACCGGAGAAAGCCAGAGGCCAGGACCUGGUGUCGCUGGAGCAGAUUCUCCAGAGUCCCUUUAAAGCCGCAGCCAACGUUGAAUCUGUAGACUGUUUUUAAAAAGAAAUGGGCUCCAGGACUCUUUUGAGCCUUCAUGGGUGAUUUUUUUUUUUUUAACUUGUGGGGGAAAAUCUGGCCCGAUGGGAGGAAGAUCAGUGUUUCCUAAAAGAAAACCAAUAAAGACGAUUUUCUCCUAUGUUUCCAA